UUUGCCUAACUGAAAUGUCAAACAAUUUUUGUUUCAGAGAAAUAAUGUAGUAUUUUUUUUCAAAUUAUGAACAAUAUAGAUUUGUAUGCAAAUGAAGAAUGUUUUUACUCAGUUCUUGGGUGUCACCAAACAUGUUCUGAAGAUCAACUACGGGCCGAGUUUCAUAUACGAAUUCUACAGUGUCAUCCAGAUAAAAAGUCAGGCGAUGUAACUGCAAGUUUGGAAUACAAUAAAUUGAUGAAAGCUUACUGGGUAUUAAUGAACGAACGUAAUGUCUACGACAAAUGGAAAAAUAGUGGUAUAAAGGUAAGCUAUGAACAAUGGAAAAGCAUAAUGGGGCAUUGCUGCAUGCACUGGAGUAAACCAUCGCAGCAGUUAUCGUUGGAGAACGUACAAGAAUCAUCCAAUCAAAACGAAGUUUAUAAAUCUUCUUUUUCGAACCCACGUGAAACGAGCAGUCGUUUAACUUUAUUUCGGAAUUAUAAAAUAUAAUAUUUGGGUUGCGAAUGA